AGUAGUUACAUUCACGUUCGCCAUCUUGACGCGUGGUCACAGUGAUUCAGAGGGAAUAACGGGAGCAGACCUCUGUCUGGGAAUUAAAUUGAAAACAUAGGGAAAACGCGGUCCGGCGUGAAAACACGAGCUCAAAAACAGGAGAAGAGAGACUGGGAUGAAGAUGUUCUCCUCUCCUCUCUGGAUCUCCUGAUUCAUCUAAUCAGAUUGGCUGAAAGGUCGUUUUGUGCUGACAUACUGUCUGAAGCUCCUCUGUCUGAAAACCAUGGCCAACAUGUGUCCUUACGGCCGCUUCACCCACGCCGUGGUGCGUGGCAUUCCGGAGACCUUCGGUGGGAAAGCUGUGACUGACGCUGGGAAGAACGGGGAGGUCACCGUGGACUUGGCCAAAGCCCAGCGUCAGUACGGCUGCCUGACGGGAGCCCUGAGGCAGAAGGUGGGCCUCCAGCUCAUCGAGAUCCCCCCUGACCCCGAGCUGCCGGAGAGCUGGAGGAUAGAGGAUGUGGCGGUGAUCCAAGGAGACACGGCGCUCAUCACCAGACCCUUCAAAGAGCAGAGACGCAGCGAGGCGGAUGCUGUGAGAAAGGUGAUGUCAGAGCUGCAUCUCACAGUGAUGGAGAUGGGAGACGAGGAGGGAGGAGCCACGCUGGAAGGCAGUGACGUCCUCUUCACCGGGAGGGAGUUCUUCGUCGGGAUCUCCUCCCACACCAACCGCAGAGGAGCGGAGGUGCUGGCUGACACUUUCAGGGACUUUGCCGUGUCCACCAUCCCAGUCUGUGGUGGAACCCGACUAAAAAACAUCUGCUCCAUGGGAGGUCCAAACACCAUCAUCUUCAGCAACAGCGACGAGGUCAAGAAAACCCUGAGGAUGAUGGAGCAGCUGACUGACCACCACUAUGAAAUCCUGACCGUCCCAGAGGAAGCAGCUGCUAACUGCAUUUACAUCAAAGGUCCCAAGCAGGACUUCCUGCUCCACCGGCCAACGGAGGAGUGCCCUGAGAGCCUGGCUGCCUUCCAGAAGCUGCAGGACUACACUCUGCUGCCCACGGCCUGCAGCGAGGCCUCCAAACUGGGUGCAUCUCUGUCUUCACUCUGCCUGCUCAUCAACAGAAAACACACCUACUUCUAAAAGAACAGGAAUCUCCAACACUCACUCUCACUCUGUCUGUGUUAAAUUCAAACCCUUUGGAAGAAAACUCCUCACUCUCUCCACUCAUUAUACUCCUCAUCUAUUUAUUGUUAAAGGAAACACUGACAUGCAGUAUUUCUAUCUAAGGUCGGGACAUUAGUACAUAAGCUGUGUGUGACACAAUCGCACCCCCUGCUGGACAAAGACCGCAGCUUAUUCAAGAAAACCACUCAUGAAACCAUUACAUUUUUCUCCAGUUCAAAAUUAAGCAUAUUCUGUUUCUCUGAUUUGUCAAAGAAAAUGAAAAAUUACAUUACCAAAACACAAAAAUGUUUGAAAGAAGAAAGCUUUUUCUAUGUAGAUAUUUUUAGAGUUGUAUAGACCAAUAAAGUUAUAAUACCUUCA